AUGGUGCGGUAUGAUGCAAGAUCUCCGCCAGAUCGAGCUGAGGAGCUGGUUGCUAGUGGGUUUCAACGAUGCAAAUGGCAAUAUGGGAUAUGGUUCCAACUCAAUUACUUCUUGCCCAGCAACCCCUCGGAGAAGCUUGUGAGGAGUUUUGCAUGGUCCAGCCACCUAACUACGCCCCAACGACCUAGAGCAGGUCUCAAGGAAGAUGAGCUGGACGUGUCAACUUCCACGGGCGGAGCGGAGUUUUGA